AUGUUAGAGAGUUAGAGAAGCUAGAGCGCAUAAUUGUUAGAGAGACGCAGAGAAGCCAGACAACCCCAAAAACCCUCACUAAUUUUCCAGGUUCCCGCUUCAAACUCGCCUUCAAAUCAAUUUUGGUCGCAUGCGUUUUGGUGCUUUUUGGCUGGUCAAUCACUACAGUAUCCAACACAUUUGGCUAUCUCAUCUCACCAAAUGAGCAAAUUUUCGAGCUCAUUCAAAUGUACUCGGGAAUUACUGUCAAUAUUGCAUGCUCGGCGAAUAUUUUUGUUUUUUUUGCGAUUAAGUGAGUUGGGGUUGGGGUACUGUAGAAAAUGUUGCUACCUACAGUAAUGGUUUUGAGGUACUGUAGAUUAUCGAUUGAAAUUGGAUUACGGUAGAUCCAACCGAACAUCUACAGUAUUCUUUUUGAAAUACAAUUUUCAAUCUACAAGUUUCAAAUCCACAGUACUCUCCAAGGUUUCAAGAUCUACAGUACCCCCAGGAAGGACAGUUGUUCCCAAAAUCCACAGUACCCCUAAGUGAAGCCUACCGUAACCCAGAAAUUCUACAGUACCUUGAAAAAGUUUCGAAUUUUGUAGAGGAUUCUGUAUUUAUCGGAUUUUUUGAAGUCUACAGCACUUAUGAAAAUUCAGAGUUGUUCUUACUGUAAAAAAAUCCAUAGUACUCCUCAAGAACUUUUAGAUCUACCGUAACUUAGAAAUUCUACAGUAAUCCUACACUAAAAAGUUUCGAAUUUUCCAUAAGACAAAUCUGUAAAUCUACAGUAAUUAUCUUGAUUUUUGAGACCUACAGUACUUCUGAAAGUUCAAAAAUGUUCCCACUUAAAUUGAAAAUCUACAGUACUCCUAAAGAAGUGUUGAAACCUACCGUAACCCAGAAAUUCUACAGUAACCCUUUCUCAUCAAUUUUCCAGUCCCGAAUACCGUGAAACAAUUCGAUCGCUCCUCUCAAAAUCGGCAAAAAUUCCAAAAUAUUUGGAUUCUUCGAAUAGCGGAGCUCCACCAGCUCCAAAUUCAGGACUUUUGACAAAUUUGUGA